CAAUGUCUUCCUUCACCACCAAACUCUCCGUGGCAGCAGCCAUGCUCCUGGCUGUUCAUUUACAACCCGUCACUGCAGGUCCUCUCCCAGCUGCUCUUGAAAAGCGCACAGGCUGCUACAGUGGCUUUCCCUUCAACCACCUCCACGGCGGCUACAGCCACGACCUCUCCUCCGAAGUCCUCGCCGACAUCACCUCGACCUGCCAAGCUGUUACCGGCAAGACCAUCAGUGGUUCCUCUCCUUUCUGGCGUUGCACAAACUGGCAAGAAACCUUUAGCUGGCACGAGACUUGUUUUUCGGAUUGUGAGGAUGGGUGUGCUGCUCUGCCCAAGGGUAAGAUGAUCAACCGUAUACACUGUGGACUUAUAAUAUANGACUACGGUGCUGCUCUUUGUGGUCUGGGCUGCGAUGCCAACUGCGACCCUGGCCCGAGCUAUGGCUACAACCACAUUGAAUGGGCUGUGGAGAUGCGAGAUGGUGGUGCAGACAAGGUCAUUGAUUUCGACACU